AUGUGCGGUACAGAGAGCUCGGUGCAGCUGCUGCAGCACAAGCUGGUCCUCGGUGGACCCGCGGAGCUGCGCCUGCAAGAGGCCGAGCCGAUUUACUGGGUCCACUUCCCGAAGUGUGGCAGCUCUCUUAUCAACGCGUUGAUACAUCUGCCUGGGGUGUGCCCACUUGCCCGCAACCUUGUCCUUGAUGAGAAGUCGCUGGGCGCCUGCUGGCUGGAGGUUUGGUACAAGGACUGGUGCCACGAAGCCUGCGACAAGGAUAAGUUCUGGUGCCCACCUGUGCAUGGCAAUCUCCUACCACACCAGCCGAUUGCCAACUACUCCGCACUGGCAGGCAAACUGGUGGGGAUGUUCAGAAACCCCGAGCAGCGCAUUCUGUCUGGCUACCGCGACGACUUCAACAACUUCGCCGCGGUCAACUACGCUGGGCACCUGCAGCAGAUAUUGGCCAUGUAUGCCAAUGGAACGCUUGACAUGGAGAGGUGCACCGACUCCCUACAUGGGCUACCGAAGGUACCUUUGUUGGAGUUUGCGGAAGGCUGGAAGGGUGGCAUGACGUAUCAGCUGGUGGUCGAGCACCCGACGGCGCAGACCCUCGACCUCGAACGCCCGCAGAUGACGCUCCAGGAUGCAGAGGAAGCAGCUCGAAGGGUGCGGGAAGGCUUCGCUUUUGUGGGCAUCACAGAGGAGUGGGACCUGUCAGUGUGCCUGCUCCACAAGAUGUUUGGGGGAGCUUGCCAGGCCUCGGAUUUCGAGAAUGCGAAUCCGACCUCUGCAGGGAAGUCUGCGCAUGUGGACUACGAUACAUCUGAGCUCAUGGGCUGGCACGAUGACGUUGAUGGGGUGGUCUAUGCUGCUGCCCUGGAUGUCUUCCACAAGAACUUGAACGCCCUCAACGUCUCUCAUGAGUCGUGCCGAGAGUGCUACAGCCACGCAGGGAGAGACCCUUCGUCAAGCACUUCAACUUAG